AUGAAACGUACGGGCAUUAUUAUUAUUGGUUUCGGCUGGAUAUUCUGUCAUUUGGGGGAUGUGAUUUGUGAUAACCCACAGGAUAGCUAUGGACCAUCAUCGGCACAAGAGGAGACUGAAGUUGAAAUUCAACAAGUUGAGGUAUAUGAAGUUCCAUGGAUAGGAGACCAAACCCCACAAACCAAUUACGUUCCUCCAAAGUCACAAUAUGGUCCACCAGCUCAAGAAUAUGGUCCACCAGCUCAAGAAUACGGUCCACCACCUCAAGAAUACGGACCUCCUGAAGUUGCAACCACCACAAGUGUUCCUGAGCAAGUGGAAUCGCUUGAUUCUAGACAAAAUCAAACUGCGAAAUUGCAACAAGAAGUUGACGAUAUUUCAAUCAAAGGUCAAUAUUACAUUUAUCAUCCUACUGGGCUGCUCCAAAGAGUGAAGUAUUCGACGACAGACGAUAGUAAAAAUAUGGCUUUUUCUGCAAGGCUCCAGUAUGAAAAUGUGGAUCCAAUCCAGGGACCGAUUUACACGUAUAAUCCUGACACAUAUGGUCGCAAGGCGAAGCUAAGCCAAGUUGAUCUUGCCGUGGAGAUCAUCCAGCAAAUUACCCUGGAUAACGACAAGGCGGCAACGUCACACGGGGUGUUGUGUCUGGAAGACUCUAGUAUGGGUCCGGACGAAGAGGCGGACAUUAUGGUAGUAGUGAUGAACAGUGGCCGAGGCGAAAGGUACUAUAUCCCUGCACGGCGUUAUGAAAGUAAUGGAGCUCCAGUGGCAAUUGGCGGGCAGGUAUUCAAAGGAGGUGAAUCAUCUGAGCACCAUGUGCAGAAUGUAGGCGUCAGGCGGAUGAAGUGGUCCACUGGAAGCAUCAUGGCGAGGGGCACACUAAUGGACGAUGCACCAGUUCAUGAGAAUCAAACUUUGGUGAGUGAUACUUCAGUGUAUAAGCUCGAUUUAUGUAGUAUUAGAGUGGGUAAUAUAGGCGAAAAUAAUGUGUAA